GUACAGACCUGACAUGAUGAUACUACAGAUUCAGAUGUACCAGCUGUCCCGUCUCCUGCAUGACUACCACAGGGACCUCUACGUCCAUCUGGAACAGCAUGAGAUAGGACCGUCUCUCUACGCUGCUCCCUGGUUCCUCACGGCCUUCGCCUCGCACUUCCCUCUGGGCUUCGUAGCUAGAGUGUUUGACAUGUUGUUUCUCCAGGGUUCGGAGGUGAUCUUCAAGGUGUCGCUAAGUCUUCUGGGUAGUCACAAGCCCCUGAUCCUACAGCACGACAGUCUGGAGUCUAUAGUGGACUUCAUCAAGACUACAUUACCUAACCUGGGACUAGUCCAGAUGGAGAAGACCAUCAACCAGGUGUGUGAGAUGGACCUGUCCAAUCAGCUGCAGGCGUACGAGGUGGAGUACCACGUCUUACAGGACGAGCUGUGUGACACGCCCGCUCACCUCAACCAAUCACAGCGCACCGCCCAGCUGGAACGCACCAAUCAGAGCCUCCGACAGCAAAACCUCGACCUGCUGGAGGAACUGCAGGUGUCCCAGGCUCGUGUGUGUCGUCUGGAAGGACAGGUGGAGGGGCUGGCCCAAUCAGAGGCUCUGCUGAGAGAACGGGUGUUUGACCUGGAGGAGGAGAGGAACGGACUGCGGAGCGCCGUCACACACCUACACACACUCCUCACCGCGCUGGGAAUACACACGCACACAACGCACGGGGACUUCAACCUGGACCCUCACACACACUCCGCUGCCGACACAGAUGGACAGAGAGAUGGACAGGGUGUGGACGCCCCCACCAGAGAGGGGCCCAGACUGGGGCAAGGGACAGCGAUGUCCUCCCCUCUCCUCCCUCAUCCACUGGCUCUACCAGAACACUGAAUCCCAGAGGACAGUUCUCCUGUACUAAAGGGGGGGGGGUUCUCUGUCCUCUCUGGGCCAAUACUCCACACAACAGUCCUAUACACACAGUUACCUUGUCUGUCUGUGUCUCUGCCUGUCUGUGUCUCUGCCUGUCUGUCUCUCUGCCUGUCUGUCUCUCUGUCUGUGUGUCUCUCUGUCUGUGUGUCUCUCUGUAUGUGUGUCUCUCUGCCUGCGUGUC